AUGGAAGGCCUCAGCAAGGGACUGGAGCCGCCACGGAACACAGAGGACUUACUAGCUGGCUCUGGAGACGUGCAAGAGCCCGAUGAGCAGGAAUCCUCCCUCCAACCCGAAAGUCUCGAUCCGGAUCAGAUGCGCUUGGAAGCAAUCGAUCGCCGUAGGCAGCAGGACAAUUCCAGGCAGGCUCUUUUCUUUUCUCGUCUGGGCUUUGACACCCACAAUCUCCAGCAUACGGAAAGCGCGCCAUCUACAGUUCCUUCUGUACAGGACGAUCAAGCGCCCGCUGCGCAAGCAGUGCUUGAUGAAAGUCUAUUUGUGCCUCAGGAAGUCUCUUUUUCAUGGAAUCAUCUGUCUACUGAAACAGAUGUGCCUCCGAUGUCUCCAGAUGAUCAGAACAUAUUUGACCUAUUUCAGGGGCUUAAUUCGGAAGGUGAUACAAGUCCACCUAUUGAACAGCUUUUGCAGAAUUCACCCCACUCGAUCGCUAGUGCUUCACAAACAGGAAAUGCAGGUACCACAGCUGCACCUGCCGCCAAUGAGGAAGAUCCAAAGCCGUCCGCACCGACAUGUGUCGAGAUAAUAUCAUCCUCAUCUUCAGCUUCCGGGGACACUGACGUACCGGUAGAAGACUUCCCAGAUGAUGCUGGAGACCAAAGCUGCCCAACAGAGUGGCCCGACGAGGAGCUUGAAGCUAGUACCAGGGCUGAUCUAUCGAAGCGGAAGUUCAAUUCUAUCAAGAAAUGGUUUGAUAGUUUGGAGAAGCCAUCUGUGGCAGACGAAAUACGCUUGGAAACAGCAAGGCAACAGGAAUCUGCGCGAAAGAAUAGGGUGGCAAGGAGAAAAGCCUUGGAAAACCAGAGUGAACUCUUUGACCCAGAGAUUGACGAGCCCGAUGAAUUCACUUCGCGACAGGUUCCUAUCGAGCAAAAGACCGGAAGCUCUCAUGAUGUCCCUGUCAAGCCACAACCGAAAAAGCGGCGUCAAAACAGGAUUUCAGCAGACGAAAAGCAAAAGAGCAAGGAACUCGGUUUAGCUGCUGUUCUUGUGCAGCAGAAGAAAAGGGGGCCGCCAAAAGGAGCACCUCGUAAGCGGAAAGAAAGAGGGUCUGACAAUGCAAUCCCUGGGCCCAGUAAAAAGCGAAAGCGAGGGCCUUUAGGUUCCAAAAAACACCUAGAAGCUCUUCUUUCUUCCACUAUCGUCGCUGAUGCACAUGCCAAUGCUUCACUAGAUGCAAUACCUGAACUCAAAAAUAAAGAUAAGAUGAAAGCACUCACACAACUCGUUGCUAGUCUUCCUAGCGCGGACCAACAGGAGGCUAAAUCUGACAAGAGGUCGAUCAUUGCAGCUACUCGCAACUUCACAAACGUUCCAAGAAGCGACGGGAAAUCUGGAUGGAGACUCAAGGGUCUAAAUACGAGCUUAUACCACUAUCAGGUCCUUGGGGCUGCUUUUAUGCGUAACCGCGAAUCAUCGUCAGAGAGGCCCUUCGGCGGGCUCCUGUGUGAUAUCAUGGGCUUCGGUAAAACUAUUCAAGCCCUGGCAAAUAUCAUAGAUGGCAAACCCUCUGAUCCGGAGGACCCUAACAAGACUACCCUCAUCGUUGUUCCAUCGCACCUAGUCACUCACUGGAAAACACAGAUCAACAAGCACUGCGAAAAGAAAGCAAUCGGCGAUGUCCUUAUAUACAAGGCGAAUUCGAGACUUGAGACCCUCGAUACCCGCGAUACAGUGAAUAGUCUCGUAAGAUAUGAUGUUAUAAUCACUACCUACGAUGAAGUCAGAAAAUCCUAUCCACGAAUCAAGGUCGCCGAUAGCGUGGCGGAUAUCGAGAAGCUUGCAGCCUGGUGGGAUCAGUCCUACGAAGACGAGAGCGGUCCGCUACAUAGAAUCAAAUUCCAUAGAAUAAUCCUUGACGAAGGACACGCCAUCAAGAACCACCUAUCCUCAGUGUCCAUUGCUGUACGCUCUCUGAUUGGUCACUUUAAGUGGAUUUUAAGCGGAACGCCAGUGCACAACUAUCUAGAAGAAUUCUAUCCGCUUUUCGACUUUCUCGGGGUUCCUGGCAUCAAAGAUCCUGGAUCUUUCAUAAAGAACUUUUGCAGCGAUGACGACGGCCAUGGCCGGCUCGUAAACCUGUUGCGAGCUUUUCUGUUUCGGCGGACACACAAAAGUCGGCUUUUCUCUUUACCAGUAAUCAAACUACCCGAUGUCAACGAAAGAAUCGUUAGGGUGGCAUUUUGUGCCGUCGAACGAGAGCUUUACAACGCAAUAUCAGAGGUUUUUAUAGAAAACAUCAAUGGGUGUGCACAUCUCGAACAGCCUAAAUUAGCGCAGUAUCGAUGCUUUCUGUCGAUGAUCCUGAUGCUUCGUAUGUUUUGCAGUCACCUGCUUACGACGCAGUGCAUAGUCAAGAGGCUGCUGUCAGAGGGGAACCUCAUGAAGAGGCUUUCAAGGCUCGCCAAGCAAAGCGGGGAUCGAGAUCCAUCCUUUACUAUAGUGAAAUGGCUCGUCUCGGUGCGAAGAAACACAACAGUGCUUGAUGAGCGUGAGAACGAAGACACAGUCCAGUAUGCCACAGAGCUUCAUGGGGACAAGACGGUGUUGAUGCAAAAUUUCCGUCAGUUAAUGGACGAGCUCCAUGAUACAGAGAUUUGGGAAGAAAGACUAGCAAGGACUAAUUGCCCCCAAUGCGAUUUUGUACCAGUGAAUCCGGUAAUAACUUCGUGCAGGCAUCUAUAUUGUGAGGAAUGUUACUACUCCUUACGGAUGGACAAGGACAAUAUGCUCAUGGAGCCUAAUUGCGUCAGCUGCCGGGUUCCAAUCAUGGAGGCCGCUUAUUUCAAGGAAGAUAGUGACGAAAAGACGCGACCUGCAACGACUCUGGGGGCUAUUAACCGGAAGAAAAAGCAGGGCAAGAAGACAACCACCACGAAGAAACAAGCCAGGAGCAGUAUGCGCCGAGUCACGGCACCACAAAUCGAGGAAUCCGAUGAAGAGCCAGAUGCUGACGAGGAUACGGACUGGAUUAAGGCAUGUGCUCGGCAUAUGCCCAGUGCUAAACUCACAAAGAUACGCGAGAUUCUUACCGAGUGGCUUGCACAGGAUUCCCCGGGCAAGAUAGUCAUAUUCACCCAAUUUUUAGAUUUCGUCCAAAUACUGGCUACCAUGUGCCAAGCAGAAAACUGGCCAUAUGUUUUAUUGACUGGGAAACUGAGUCUAGCAGUUCGCGAAAACAAUAUGAAGUUGUUCAGUGAUAAAGAUAGCGAAAAGAGGAUAAUGAUCGCCAGUCUGAAGGCUGGGGGCACAGGACUAGAUCUAUCAGCCGCCAACAAGUGCAUUCUUGUUGACUUGUGGUGGAACGAAGCUAUUCAGGAGCAGGCCUUUUGCCGCUUGUUCCGAAUUGGGCAAGAAAGCGAGGUGGAAUUUGUGAAGCUUAUCAUCGAGAACUCUAUUGACGACUACCUGCUCAAUUUGCAGACGCAUAAGACGGCUCUUAUAACCGGAGCAAUGGGCGAAAGAGCCCUAGCGGGGCGGGAUACCCUUGAGGAUCUCCUUCGAAUGUUCGCAGAUGUCGAGAAGGACCCUAGAGGUGUGCUUCACCUCAAGGCCAAGACAGCGUCAAGGGACAUUAGGAUUGGGGCUGGAUUCCGACCGACUUUUGGGGUUUUUUGA